CACUGAACACGGGCAGAUGCAUAUGUGGAUUUCGAUUAAAUAUAAUCGCACAGAUUAGAAGAGUACUGUCAUGCUUUAAUGCCGACUUUUUCAUAUAGACCAACGUUUUAUCUAUUAAUUUAGGUUAUGAUUUCCAAGAAUGGAACCGCCAGUUUUUGCGCAUAAGUUUCGUAGGGUUUACUUUUUUUAGACGGAGAAGCUCUUCCAAAUGGUAACUCUUCAAGUUUGUUUUUACUGAGUUAUUCAAAAACUGUACUAGAAAUAGCUUUACUGCGUAGUACUGGACCGGAAACUUAAACAACAAUAUUUUAUGGCGUUUAUUUUUAUUGCGCGUUCUUAAAUUUUCACGCUGAAGUUGUACCUCUAUUUUCGCAUGAGAAUAUGGCUGACAGUUCAAACAUAGAUUAUUCGAGUAUCCCAUUGAUAGCUUUAAAUUUCGGUUUUAGGAAAGAGCUUGGCCUUUACUUAAAUCCUAGGAAUAAUGUUGCAGCAGACUGGACUACUCUGGCUGAAAUGAUGGGUUUCAGUUAUCUUGAAAUAAGAAACUAUGAAACAUAUGAUAGCCCAACUGCAAGGAUUUUAGAAGACUGGCAGUCACGAUGUCCCAACGCCACUGUGGGAAAGUUGAUGUCCAUGCUUGAAGAAGCAGAGAGAAAGGAUGUGCUGACUGACCUGGCCCCCUUGAUCGAAAAUAACUGCAUUGAGUUUUUGAAGAAGCGGAAGGAAACGUCACCAGUUCAGGUACCCGAAGUGGACAGCCUGACACAAGAAAAUAACGAUCCGAUGGGCCACAUGCCCGAAACGUUUGAUGCCUUCAUCUGCUACUGCCAGAGUGACAUUGAUUUUGUCCAUGAGAUGAUCCGGCAGCUGGAGCAGACAGAAUACAAGCUGAAGCUGUGUGUGUUCGACAGGGAUGUUCUUCCAGGCACUUGUGUUUGGACUGUCACCAGUGAACUUAUCGAAACCAGGUGCAAGAGAAUGGUUGUAGUGAUCUCGGAUGACUACCUUGACAGUGAUGAAUGUGACUUUCAAACCAAGUUUGCCCUCAGCCUCUGUCCAGGAGCUCAGAAGAAGCGUCUCAUCCCAGUGGUGUACAAGCGAAUGCAGAGGCCUUUCCCUAGCAUCCUGCGCUUCCUGACCGUGUGUGACUACACCCGGCCCAGCACCCAGUCCUGGUUCUGGGGCCGACUGGCCAAAGCUCUGUCCCUCCCGUGAUGGCUGGGUCUCAAAUCACCAUGUUCUGUGUGUGGUGAUUCUUGUGUUUGGGUGUGCGGUAGUUAGAGGGAAAGGCCAGACUUAGGAGGACAUUGUCCCCCGCUGAAGAAUUUGUGCAGAUUUCCCUGUUGGCUCAGUGAUUUUUUUUUUUUAUGUGAAAAUGGGGUCCUGUUUCUGAUCAUCAAGGAAAACUCCAUGUGGGGAUGUAUAUUUGUCAUUCCCUAAACCAAUCCUGGAUCAGUAUCCUGAUCCAUGGUCUUUCAGGUAAUUUGAGGCCAUUUAUAUCGUUUUAUGCUCUGCAGCACUCCACUAGUCUGCAUGGGUUUGAUGGUCAUGGAGUACCUUGGUGUAUGCUGGUUUACAUUCCAACUGUUUUCUACUUAAUUCCGACUGUUGGAAAUAUCUUUAAUUGCAUAAUUUAGUUUUGGCUCAUUGACAACUGAUCUGACUGUGGGAAAUUUUGAUAUGUAUAUGUAUCCAAAUGUAUCCUUUAUUUUCAGUGUGAUCAACAAAAUGGAUACCUUAUUAUGUAUAUUUUGCAGUAGCACCCCACUCCUUCAUUGUGGAAAGUUGUUGUUGAUGUGGAGUGAUUUUUAUUUUUUCAUUUUUUUUAUUUUACUCUAAAUCAUAAAUGGCUGAUUAGAACAAUCAUUGACAUUACUUGGACAAAUGUUUCACGCUGCUUUGUAUGCACUUGUUCUCGUUAGUCAUAAUUAAUGUUCUCAUUAAUCAUAAUUAUGCAGUGCCUGUUAGCUAUGAGACUUCUCACAUGAAGCCUUAGUAAUCAUACCUACAACGAACUACCAUUAAUUUAUGAUUUCCUUCUCAAUUUGUCAUGGUUCCAUGAAAAAGUUAAAAGCAGAAUACCAUUCCUUACAUACGAUCAUUCUGUCCUGUUAAAAUGAUAAACUAGCAUUGCACUCCUAGACUUUUCAGAGAGUGCAAGAGAUCAGACUUUCUGAAACAUUGCCAGAAUACUCCAGACAGUAUUAUUUUAGUGAGAAAUGUAGUUCAGUAAAUGAAUGGGUGUAGCUUGACAAUGCUGUUCUGCAUUGUCUUGUGGUCUGCAUUAGUUUCCACAUUUCUUAUUUUUCUUAGUUAAUCAGAAUCUUUAUCUGGGAAGACUUUAAUCAUUGUGAUGGCAGCACAAGUUGGUUAGAUAAAGAAACUGAAAUGCCAUUGAGCAUGCUAUUUACCAUGUACAAAAUACAAUAGCAACCUUUGCUAUAAACUGCCCCCCCAAAAAGACUUUGAUUUAGUUUCCAUUUAAUAUGUUGGCAUGUUACAGCUUUUUAGAAGUGGAAGUCCUUUUUAAUUUGUAUCUUUUUUUGUGGUAAAUGUAUACACCUAAUUGUACAGUGGGGAAAUGCAAACAGCCAGUGUCUGAAAUAGUUUUGUAACAGUAUUGUGCAUUGUUCAAUCAAUAUGAAUGGAAAAUAUAAAGUAGUACAAAAUAUUAAAUCUCCCAGCACACAAUCCCUGUUUUUUAAUUAAAGUGAUCCAAAAAUACA